AUGAAAUAUUAUUUGUUAAUAAUUUUAUUAAUAACAAUAGUAUAUUCAAUUCUUGAGAAUAUAAUAGAUAAAGAAUAUAUUACACUUUUUUAUCAAGUAAAUGAAUCUUACAUUUCCAAAUAUAUAUUCAAAGAAAAAAAUGUAGAUAUUUUUGAAUACAACUACAAUUGUAAUAUUGAUGGUGAUUUAAGGAUGUGUAAUUUAACUACUGAUAACAAUUUUAAAUUUCAUGCUUUCGGAAGUGAACAAACUGAAAAAAAAACAGCAGAUGGUAUACAGUUUCCAGGGAUUUUUUCAAAUAUCUUACCAAUUUUUGAACCAGAAUUAAAACCAGAAACUAAAGGAGGUAGUUUUCAAUCCAAUAUUACAUAUUUUUUAUUAACAACAAAUCAGAACGCUCUUUUCCAAAAUGAUUAUGAAAAAAUCGAUUUUUUGAUAUCUCCAAAUGGAAAAAACGGUUCUGAAUAUUUAAUGAUUUUUCCAAGUGGUUGUGGAUUUUUUAAAAUUUUUGGUCUUUCGUUUGUUUAUAAUUCAUCAUACCAAAAUCCAUAUAUAGAAAAAGUAGAAAUAAAUAAAAAAACUGUGACACUAAUUGGCUCUAAUUUCUGUACUGAAAUGUAUCCAAAAGAAAUUUUAAUCAACAAUCAAAAAAUUAAAAAUGAACAAAUUAUUAAAAAUGAUCAUGAAUAUAUUGAAUUUAUUUUUGAAUAUUCAGAAUUCUUUUGUACUUCAUUUACAAUUCAAUUAAUUGCAAGUAAAGUACCUUCAAAUAAAAUGGAUUUAGUAUAUCCUCCAGUAUUAAAUUCAAUUAAUAGUAUUCCAAGAAACAAAAAUGCUACAAUUAAUAUCAAUGGAGAAAGAUUAACAUCGAAUUCUUCAAUUAUUAUAGCAGAGGUUAAAAUAGGAGAUUACCCAUGUUCAAUUAUUACACUUUCACCAAAUAAUAUUACUUGUUAUAUGGCUCAUAGAAUUUUAGAUAACAACUUACCAGUUACCGUAAACAUAGAUGGUAUUACCAACCAAAACAAAAUAUAUUUCAACUAUGACUCAACGCUUAUUUCAUCUUAUAGUAUUUCCAAUGGUGUCUUGACAAUAUAUGGCCAAUGUCUUGGUGAAGUAGGAUCAGUAACUAUAUUUAAUGAUAAAAUCCCAAUUAGUUUACAAAACCUUCAAAUUAAUGAUAAUGAGACUGUUAUGUCAUUCACCAUUCCAGAAGCAAUGUCCUAUAUUAAUAUAUCGGUGAAAUCUUAUGAAAAACAAUCAAACAGUUAUUUUAUUGGCUUAUCAUUCAUAACUAAGUUUGUUACUCAACCAAUGGUAAAUGGAUCAAAUUGCAUUGUUAAAUUUUUUAAUUCAAGUUAUGAUGAAAAUAAAGAAAAUCCGAUACUAUCAAUCUAUUCAGAUUUUGGUGAUGAAUUUAAAUCAACGGGAACACUCAUUGGUAAAAAUUCAAAUGAUUUAGAUUAUUCGUUUUUCAUUGUGCCAGGUUGUGGUAAAAAAGGUUACAAUAUAAAUUUUGAAAAUAAAUCAUACCAAUCAACAUUUAAUUAUAAAAAACCAAUUAUAGAAUCAUGUUACACAAAGGAUGAAUUCAUAAUCUGUACUGGUGAAUUUAACAAUUAUGGCUUUUAUAAUAAUACAUUUAUUACAUUCUCGAACCAAUCACUUUCUCCAAUAAAAAUAAGUUCCAAUGAAAUUACAACCAAAAAGGAACCAUAUUUUACAAGUGACCUAAUUACAAUCUGUUGUUGUGGUAUUAUUUCUGAUCCAUAUGAAUUAACCAUUAAACCUACCAUUAAGGGUGCAAUUUCAAAACCAUUUGAUAAUAAUGGUAGUAUAGUGUUUAUAGAUGGAGAAAAUUUUCAUUCAAAACAAAAUGUUUCUCUUGAAUGUGGUAAUUAUAAAUUUGGUUGUACAUAUUUAAAUCAUUCUUCUUUUUCAUGUGAUUCCACAUGUCAAAGUGAAGAUUACUUUUGUCCUCAUGUUGAACAAUGCAUUAUUAAUUCAAUGGAUCAAUCAAUUAGUUUUAAUAUAACAUUUAAUGGACCAACAAUAAAUAAAGUUGGCACAAUAAGCAAUUAUCAAAAGGACCAUUGGGUAUUAGCUCUAUCCGGUUUCAAUUUUUAUCCACUAAAAACAAGUCUCAUAAUUGAUGGCCAGAAAAGAUGCACAAUAUCAUAUAGUUUUUCAACAGAAAUAGGUUGUGCAAUUGCAAAUGAUAUAUUGCUAAAUUUCUUUUUACCUAGAAUAAACUCAACAUUUGAAAUUAAUGUCACUUCAAAUCAAAUAGUUCAUAUCUCUAGGUAUAAUUUAAUAUUCCAAAAUAUUUCAGAAAAAGAAUAUAUAUAUAUCAACAAUAACACCAAAUCUCAAGAAGAAAGUUCUCGAGUAGAUUGGAAAAAAAUUGUAAUAUCAUUAGUUACAAUAAUUUUUGCACCACUAUUAUUUAUUUUUUUAAUUAUUUUCUUUAAAAUACCAGAACGUUUCUUUAUGUCAAUUAAAAGGGAAAGAAUAAUUGAAAAUGUAGAAAACAAUCAUUCUACAAAAGGAGAUGAAUAUUUACAAACGAGGGAAGUUUAUAAUAAUCAAAGAAUGAUUUUUUUGGAUAUGUAUGACAAUAUUAUAAUGGCUGAAGAUCCAUUAAGAAUUCCAAAAAAUAAUAACCUUAGAAAUAGAAAUUCCAAAAAUAAAAAUAAUAACAACAAUGAUUUAGCUUGUUCAUCAAUUAAUAAUAGUAGUGAUAGUAACAGUAACACUAUCAUUAAUAGUAAUAAUAACAACAAUAAUACUAUCGGCGAUGUUGCUUUUUCAUCAAAUAAUAAAAUCAAUAAUAAUAAUAUUAGUAAUAAUAAUAACAAUGAUGUAGCUUGCUCAUCAAAUAAUAAUAAAACCAAUUAUAAUAAUAAUAAUAUUAGUAAUAAUAAUAACAAUAAUGUAGCUUGCUCAUCAAUUAAUAAUAAAACCAAUAAUAAUAAUAUUAGUAAUAAUAAUAACAAUGAUGUUGCUUGCUCAUCAAAUAAUAAUAAAAUCAAUAAUAAUAAUAUUAGUAAUAAUAAAAACAAUGAUGUAGCUUGCUCGUCAAAUAAUAAUAAAAUCAAUAAUAAUAAUAUUAGUAAUAAUAAUAACAAAGAUGUAGCUUGCUCAUCAAAUAAUAAUAAAAUCAAUAAUAAUAAUAAUAUUAGUAAUAAUAAUAAAAAUGAUGUAGCUUGCUCAUCAAAUAAUAAUAAAACCAAUAAUGAUUUAGCUCGUUCAUCAAUUAAUAAUAAUAAAACCAAUAAUAUUAAUAGUAGUAAUAAUAACAACAAUAAUACUAUCGGUGAUGUUGCUUGCUCAUCAAAUAAUAAUAAUAAAAUCAAUAAUAAUAAUUAG